AUGCCUCGACUUGUACGCCGCCGCCCGCUCUCCGAGCGCAUACUCUCACGCCUGAAUCCAUAUGAUUUUCUGCUUUGGCUUUCUGAGGAAUUUGAAGGUGGAGACUGGGAUCAGUUGGAGAAAAAUUGGGCUUUACCUAUCGGUAUCGCGCUGAACGUGAUAUUCCUUAUUGCGCGAGCAAAUAGUCGGUUCGGUAGUAGCAAGGCUUUUGACGAUGUGUUCGGCGACGAUGAAGGCACCUCCCUGCGUGGAUGGCUUGCCUCAUUCAUCGUCCAUUUGAUGGCCCUUGCCUCUGUGGUAAAUGCUGGCUACACAUUCUCGAAGAAGAGACGCUAUCGCCUGUUUGAGAACUCUAUUGAUAACCAUCCGGCGACCCCAUCGGCACAUCGUGUACGCGUUGAUUCAAGCCCCAGAAUGCCAUCUCCUCUUCGGUACAUCGCUAGGGCGGUAUCAUCAGAAUCGGCACACUCGAGAGCACACCCCGAUCCACAGCGGGAUGUCUGGGAGCUUGCAAUUUGGGAUCCUUCACCACUCUGCCUCCGGCUCUUUUGCCUGUUCAGUCCAGGGCACGUCUUAGUAUACUGGCUGUUCCUCCCAACACAGCUUUCCGACCCACGACCCAGUGUGACGAUUGUGACGACGAUUGUUUUGGCAACUCUUCUAUCCGUGCAAAUGUCCUUCAUCUCUUCUUCUUAUAAACAGCAGGCCAAGGACCAGAAGGUUAUACACAAGGAGGUCUUCAAAGAAUAUGACACCAAAUAUGUUCAACCUCGGACACAUCCCUUGAUGAGAGAUGUUGGCACGCAGUUCUCGGAUCCGUCUGGUGAAGCACCGAAGACCGAGGACGAAUGCAACAGAGUUGAGACUUAUACCCCGGCUGUCAUCAUUAAUCGUGGUUUCCAGACCAGUCCCAACCCUAAUUACCUCAAGCACGUUGACCCAGAAGGUUUCACCCCGGUCCGCCAAUUGACUACAUCUACCCCGAUCUCCUCUAUGUUCCAAGGCCCACCGACCAACACCCCGAGCAUGUCCAGAGAUGGCUCGCCAAUGCCGCGAGGCACCAACCGCACAACAAUGCGACAGCCGCAGUUCCGAUCUACUGCAACAACCACAGGCGACGGAGGCAGCCUUGGUGUUUACAGCCACGCAAACUCCCCACUGAGGAAGUCCGCGACAACUUCAUUUGACCGCCGCUUACAAAACAAUGGAGACUUUGUUUACAAAGAGCGUGGUACAACUCCAUUGAUGCGCAACUCUAGUCCGCUGAAAAGAAGCAGUGUACCAGGAGGAAUGAACCCAGGUGGCCCAGCCACCGUCAAUAGAUCAGAUAGCCUCGACUCUCGCCGAGAAACGGGGCGCUUCUAA